AUGCUGGCCCUGCGGCUGCUCAACGUGGUGGCCCCCGCCUACUUCCUUUGCAUUUCCCUGGUGACCUUCUUCCUGCAGAUCUUCCUCUUCCUGCCCAGCAUGCGUGAGGACCCCACAACCACCCCGCUCUUCUCGCCUGCCGUGCUUCACGGGGCGCUCUUCCUGUUCCUCUCAGCCAAUGCCCUGGGCAAUUACGUCCUGGUCAUCCAGAAUUCCCCAGACGACCUGGGCACCUGCCAGGGAACCUCAUCCCAGCGACCUCAGUGCCCACCGCCCAGCACCCACUUCUGCCGAGUGUGCUCCCGAGUCACCCUGAGGCACGACCACCACUGUUUCUUCACCGGCAACUGCAUUGGCAGCAGGAACAUGCGCAACUUCAUCCUUUUCUGCCUCUACACGUCGCUGGCCUGUCUUUACUCCAUGGUGGCCGGCGUGGCCUACAUCUCAGCUGUCCUUUCCAUCUCCUUCGCCCAUCCCCUGGCCUUCCUCACGCUCCUGCCCACUUCAAUCAGCCAGUUCUUCUCCGGAGCUGUCCUCGGUUCUGACAUGUUCGUCAUCCUCAUGCUCUACCUCUGGUUUGCUGUCGGUCUGGCCUGUGCCGGCUUCUGCUGCCACCAGCUGCUGCUGAUCCUCCGGGGACAGACCCGCUAUCAGGUUCGAAAGGGGGUGGCAGUGAGAGCACGGCCCUGGCGCAAGAACUUACAGGAGGUCUUCGGAAAGAGGUGGCUGCUGGGCUUGCUGGUCCCCAUGUUCAAUGUCGGGACUGAAAGCUCCAAGCAGCAGGACAAAUAG